AUGUGCAUAUGGGGACUACAUGACAAAGAUUCACGUCAACGUGUAGUCACAUUCAAUCAGUACCACGUCAAUGUGCUUUGUUCGAUUCAGUCAGCGGUUCUUUUCAUGAUAUUGGAUCUAAAUGAAAACGACGCACUGUUGGCGUCGGUGUUGAUAUUGUUUCACAUGAACAUCAUUUCGUGCAGAGCUUUUUUGGGUGAUUAG